GUUCGGCCCUGGUGAACAGCUGAGCGUGUAUAACAACGCACAAUAACAACAAGUCUUAAAAAUUAUUAAAUCUUUUAUCUUGGCUGCUGCCAGCGAGCGUUUAAUCGUAGCGCCCGACUCCAAAAUCCCCACCGAGUGCGAUAAAUUCAGUUGUGACCAAGAGACUGUGCGACACAGGCCGUAGAAAGCUUAAUUUCCCGCUUUUCAGUCAGUGGCCUUCCUAAAAACAACAACAACUGGGCCAAUAACACAUCAUCUAUUUACUGAAAAAGCCACUUAACCCAACGAAUGCAAUGCGAUUAACUCGCUAAUCUCGGCGAAGAUGCGCGGAAUUGAGGGCAAAGUCGUUGUUCUAGGCUCGCGAGGUGUGGGCAAAACGCGUUUGGUCAUCAGGUACAUAAAAAACACUCUGCACAGGAGCGAGAGCGAGGUUCCAACGAUAGCCGUGUCCUUCUUCACGUGCAACAUCAUCCUGGACGAGGUCAAAAUUAAAUUGCAAAUUUGGGACACAGCUGGCCAGGAGCGGUAUCGGGCGGUGGCGCCCAUGUAUUACAGGAAUGCCAACGCUGCCAUUCUGGUCUUUGACCUGACGCAGUACAAAACCUUCACGGAGAUAAAGUCUUGGAUCCAGGAGCUGCACCGCAAUGUCCAGGAUCCGAUGAUACUGACGCUGGUGGGGAACAAGAUGGAUAUGCAGGCUCAGCGAGCGGUUUCCCGCGAAGAGGCUUUCGUCUUUGCCACCUCCAUUGGGGCCACCUACUUUGAAACCUCCACGGAAACGGAUCAGGGACUCGAGCAGGUUUUCAUAUCCACGGCUCAGGGAUUGGUUCGACUGGCGGACGAGGGCAAGAGCCCUUCGCUGCGCUCCUUCGAAUCGAGCGACUCGCUGGCCUACACCAACACCAACACUGCCUUCAGUCACACGGUGGCCGCCUUGGCCAGAAGCCCGGGAAAUGCCGCCUUCCGACUGCCCUAUGUGGAUAUUGGAUUGGCGGUGGAGGGAGAGGAUGUGAAGACGAAUGGCGUGGGACGGCUGGAAACGGCGCCGUGGAGCAUCGAGCACAUUGCCCUCGGCGAGGUGGAGAGGCCCAGCUGGUGCUGCUACUAAGAUCUAUGCGAUCCCUAGGAUCGAUGUGAACCAAUGUGAUGUCAACAGAACCAGACUGCAGUUCGAAUAAGGCUUUAAGGGCCAACCAGCAUCGUUUAAGCAAUGAACCGAACCCAACUCUAGAUACGCAAAGACCAAAAUCAGCCGCCACAAAAGCAAACAGCAAGCUUGGCUUGAAGCUAUGUAUUAAUACACUGAUUAGGCUAGAUCCACCCAAGAUCCUCUCGAUCCACUGACAAGGCGCUGGGAUUAACCGCUUCGCCGUAAUAUUAAUUCUAGAUCCUAAGUGUAUACAGCAAUUGCCGCGUGCAUAUUAUGACUUUAUAUAUUUCAUUCGGUCUAAGCCCAUUUGACUUACCAACCAUAAGAUUAAUACACACACACAAACGCAAACACAAACACAGGGAACAACACUCACAAUACACUCACUCAGAAAACAUUGGAGCCGAAACACCAACUCAUGUACAAAGCAUUUUAUACAGCAUGCAUAUAAUAAAUAUAAAUGUAAUAAUGUA